UUUAAUGAAAAAGGGGAUCAGAAGUAUGAUGCUCUACUAAUGAGCAAUGUGGUGCCAAUGUACCCCGAGUUUAAAAAGAUCUGGGACUACUUUCACAACACCCUAUUGAAGAAAUAUGCAUAUAUUUAUAACAGCAUUAACGUGGUGACAGGACCCGCCUUCGAUUACAACUACGACGGACAAUACGACACUCCAGAGCAGAUCCAACAGUUUGUGUCCGGCACAAACAUCUCCAUCCCCACACAUUACUUUGCAGUGUUGACCAGCUGCAAGUUCAAUGAGCAACCUGUAAGCGAGUGUGCUGGCGAGCUGCAGAGUGUUUCCUUCCUGCUACCUCACUUAUCCCACAACUCGGAAAGCUGCAAAAGUACAGAAGCCGAAUCUCAAUGGGUGGAAGACCUCAUGUGGUUCCAUCAGGCACGACUCAGAGACGUUGAGUGGAUCACAGGAUUGGACUUUUACCAAGAGAGCGAUCGACCAAUCCCAGAGCUGCUAAAGGUGAAGACCCGCCCCACAGCUGCUAUUCACAGAAAACUAUAAAAUUGCUAUUUUCCCACAGAGAAAACACCGGGAUAAAUAUAUUGUACUGUAUCUGCUAAAGUAAUGUAGUGAAUAAAUAGUCUUGAA